AGUUCACUUAUGUCAAAAUUUGUGAAAUAUGGCGGCUCGAUCAAUGAAGUUGUAGUGUUGUGCGAAGUGAAUUGUAAAAUAAUGAAAUGAUCGAAUUUGUGGUGUUAUUGUGAGUGAAAGCAUCCAUUAAUGGGCCAUGGGAAGAGGCCAGGAGUUGCUGGACGCGGCCAGAGAGGGCGAUAGGCGUACAGUGGAGAAAAUAAUUGGCCAUAUUACGAAAAGGAGUGGUCCGUUUACGAGUCUAAGACGAGGCGCGGGCGUCAAUGUUCAAGACGACAAUGGGUAUACUCCACUUCACCACGCGUGUCUACGUGGACAUAAAGAGAUAGUCCAGCUGCUCCUAUCGGUGGACGCGUCACCAUGCAUAGUGGACAAGAAGGGUGCCACCCCCCUCCACCUGGCCGCGUGGAAGGGUGACGCGGACAUCGUCAAUAUGCUCCUGGCUCAUAAGAAUCCUCCUGUAAAUGUAGAUCAGAUGACGUCAGACCAAGAAACAGCACUCCUCAUAGCAGCGAGAUCAGGCUACGUGGUGGUGGUAGAACAACUCCUAUUGGCCGGCGCUGACGUCACGGUCAAGAACAUCACGGAAGAGACCGCGUUGGACCUCGCUGCGCACUAUGGCAGAUUGGAGACAGUUCAGCAUUUACUCCGAGUCAGGCCAGACUUGGUGAACCCUUACAAAUAUCCAAUCUGCAGAGGCCGGAGUUUCUCCUCAACGCCUCUUCAUCUGGCUGCUAAGAAUGGACACAAGGAUGUUGUAACAGUCCUAUUAAACGCAGGAGUGGAUCCAAACGUUCACACACAGAACGGUACACCCCUUCACGAAGCUGCGAGUUUUGGAAAAGCGUCUGUCGUACGCGUUUUGCUAUCAAGAGGCGCUGAAUUAAAGGCUGUUGACAGGAGAGGGAAGACUGUACAUGAACUGCUUGACGAGUACAAGGGGGAUGCUUCGAAACGAGUUAAGAAGGAAAUUCGAGAUUAUGAGCUAAAUCAGUCAAGAAGCACAACUUGCGAUAGUGAAGAUGACUGUCCGCCGUUCCCUGUGCAGGAUAGCCCAAGCUACCCAUAUGCCGCUGGAAUGAAAGCCCCAAAGACCCAGAAAAAUACUAACACAAAUAGCCCACUUUCCUCAUCCCCAUCUUCGUCAUCAAUAACAAAGAAUCAUCCUCAAAGUUUUGUUAAAAAGCUUGCUUCUAAAUGCUUAGGCCUUAAAGCAAAGUUCAGUUCUGCUCCUAACAUAUCUAACACUACUGGGCUAGAGUCGAUCGAAACCAAACCCAAAAGCCCAGACCAUAAAAGUACAAAUACUUUGCAUAUAGGUAACAGCAAGUUUUUCAAACUUCUGUCGAAAAAGGAGGAGUCUGGGGAAGUUGUAUGCAAUGAUGAAUUUGACACAAUAUCACUAGACCGCAUAGAGACUCUAAACAGAGAUUCAGUCGUUAAUAGAAGCAAUAGGAGUUGUCCAGGGUUUAAAACCUCAUUGCCUAACAUAUCAGAAAAUAUAGAGCUUAGUGACUCUCACGCGUCUAGCGCAGAAUCCGUUGUUAUAACUGAGAUAGAUUCUGAUAAAAAUAGCCAUAAGUCCUCAAAACUGAAUCAAGCUGUAAAUCUUUUUGCAAAAAAUAAUAUUUUUGAGCCAAGAGUGAGAACGUCUGUAAAUUCAAACAUUUCAGCUGAGUCGACAACUUUAGUUAACGAAUGUUAUGAGGCUUAUGAGUUCUCUUUAGAUGAUAAAGGUGAUGUUGAGGUACAAGCACACAAUAAAUCUGUACUAGCUGUUCCGAAGCCUCCUCCAAGGUCUGCUGUUGUUACAAGUAAUAACGAUACUUCGAUAUAUGAAAAUGUAAUAAUACCCAUACAAAAUAGAACUUUAACACCAACCCCUGCGGCGAGAACGCAUUUUUCUUCAAAAGUACUCAUGGACGAGAACAAAACUAUUGUCUACGAGAAUGUUUCUUUACUAAACGAAAAGAAACCUAAUUUACCGUUUGAACCAGUGGUACAGACGACGGAUUUAGAUGCAGACCCUUCACCCAGUGUUAGCAGAACUUCUUCUAUAUCUACUGAUUCCAUGUUAGAUGAAACUAACUUGGAAGAUAUAUUAUUAUCUGAAAAAUCUAAGUCAUUUAGACACAGCAAACAAUAUCCCUUGUAUCCUAGCUUAGACAUAUCAGGAGUCCACAGGACGCAUUCAGUUGCUUCCGAUUUGUCUGAAUUUACGCAAACGAGUGCGAUAGAAAACGUGGAUUGUAUUGAUGUUGAUGAAAAAUCUUUAUACCUGUCAAUGACAGGAACGUUGCCUAACAAAAAACCAGAACGUACUGUAAAGAAAAAAGUUCUUUUCAGACAUAAAACUUUCACAAACAUUGAAGUAGAUCGAAAUUCAACUAAUGUUAAGGAUAUUCCUAAAUGGAAUAACGAUUUUCUUAUGGAAACAUUAGCAAACUAUCACAUUCGAGGCACAGGGCACUGUGUGUAUAAAGCACCUACUGUUGAAGAAUUUAUUUACAUUUUCAAUAGAGACACUCUAUAUAAGGAUGUUGAGCCCUUUACUAAAGUGCCUAAUGAUAAAAGAGAUAGUUAUUACGAAACAGCGAUAUGCUUUUGCAGGCCUAGACCCUCCAAACAUCACAAAAGUGCUGAGGAUUUAUUACAACUGGCGUCUCAUGAAAGUGAAGAAAAAGUCGUUAUAGAUUAUGACGCUUUAAAAGAUAACCAAGAAUUAACAACGACUACGUUUAGAUGUUUUUGUGCGUCCGAAGAUUGUAAAUUGCAUAAUAAGCGACGGGAAUCUUCCAAUAAUGUUACCGUAAAAUUUUCUGUGAUUAAGAGGAGUAUUUCUACUCCUGAUAUUACUCUCGAUUCUUCUCCUAUUCCGACAGUUCGUAAACAUUUACCGAAAACUCAAUCCGUUGAAUCUAUUGAACAAGCCUAUGCCGUUAUUAAUAUAGAAGAUAUAAUUGCAAGAAAUAAGUUAACCUCUAAAAAAAAUAUCGAUGAUGAUCCAAGCCGUGAAGUUUACAUUAACAUGUCACCACAUUCUACAAUGUCGUCUACAGCUCGACCUUAUUCAAUAAAGGAUAUUUCAGAUGUUAUUUCAUUAAAUAGUACCAAUACUUUGACCGACACUAGCCUUACUUGUGCUUCUGGUUUGUCGCUUAGAAAAUCGAACUCGGAACACUCAGGACAUUGGUCGUUACAGUCUUGUAAUUCUAAUGUAACCAUCCAAUCUGAUGCUUCGUACAAGACGUGUUAUGAAGAUUCUGACGAAGAAUCAGAUGGGACUUUGCACUCAGAAGGAGAUAUCUCCGACGCGGAUACUGUUAAAUCGAACGUUAGUACUGGUAAACGGCCGUGGGUUCACAGUGACUCUUUCAGAUUUGGAACUAAGGAUUCUAAGUUUGAAAUGAGUGCAAUAGCUGAAGAGCAUUGCAAAGAAUCCGAGUCGAAGUUUGAGAGUGGUAUAAGCGUUGAAGGUUCGGAGAGUAGUUCAUCUGAGUGUGACGAUGAUAGCGGUGUUCCGAGGGUCAAUGAUGUGUCGCUUGGAGCUGCUUCGCUUGAGCGGGGUUCUCGGGUGGACGGGGAUGUUCGCAGCGGGUCGGGGCGGCGGCGGUGGGACGAAGCUGAAGGCACCAGCGAGGGCGAUGCACUGAGUGUGUCCAGUGCGGCAUCAAGUUGCGCGCCCCUCCAUUUGGCGCAUCAUCAUGACUACAGCAAAGUCUCGCCCACUCCUCCCAAGAAACCCCCUCGGAGGAAUCUGUCGGUGUCUCCCACACACGCCAACUCCCCGUCGUCGGGGUACAGCUAUGAGCUAAGGCCCCACGCGCGGAGUCAAGACGAUUUGGAUGAAAUUCAGGGUGCUAAACACUACCUCAAACACGGUCGUUCAGUCGACCAAUACGUUGACGGUAAAUUGUCCUAUUCAGAAUACGAGGAAAACCACAACUCCCCUAGAAUAGCCCCUGUACCAAACCCAAGGCCAAGUUUGAAAAACAGGCCACAACCCGUUGCAAUCACUGCCAUGUAUGAAAAUGUUGUUAUAAAAGAGCAGAAUCCUAGAAGGAAAUUGCGGAGAAACAACUUUGAGAAUUUUGAACCAAGAAUGGAUAAUCGGGUGCGAAAAUAUUCUACCCAAGACAAGUCUUCCCUUGAAAGUCUUCUUGACAGUCAGUCUAUGAACAGUCCCAGUGAUUGCGAAAGAUACGACGGGCAGAGGAUAUUUCCUUUAUCACCUACACAUUACGAUCAACCACCUACACCUGAUCACCCACCUCCUUCGGCGAAGCAAGCUGAGAACAGCAUUCACGAGAAGAUUCGCCCUUUAAGCCAGGAAUACAAACGUCGUUCAGCUCUACGGGACAGCUACACGGAAACCGAGCUAUGUCUCCUUCGCGCGGCAUCAGCAGCGUCAGUCGCCAGCGGGGCCACUGAUCGGAGUGGCAAUACCGACAACUGCGUCGAGGAGUACGUCUGUGACGUGCCUUUUGCUGGCCUGUUCAAGGGCUCAACAACGACCCUCGACGGCAUCGGUUUGCGUCCGAUGCCGGCGGAAAGACCAAAAACCCUUCGCAAGCUCAAAUCAGUAUACGACGCGUCCCCCACUGACCAACCCCCUGUUAACACUCUAAGCAGCAAUGGACAGGACAGAAGUGUUAAUGGCGAAGAAGAGAUUAGAAGAAGAAGUAAUACGACCAGUUCGACACAAAGUGGGGGAGAUAAGUCGCUGUCCAUACUUAGUCCUUUUGAUGAACAGGAGGAAUGGGCAAAGAUCUCCGAAAUAAUGGCCUCAUUCGGCAGCAAACUCGUCAGAGAGUCGGUAUUCGUCUCUGAGUUGGAACAAGAGUUUACUUCUAGAUUAGGUCUUAGCUGUUCGGAGUCCAGUUUGAGUCCAUCCGUGGCCUCAAAUUUAGGCUUGUGGUUGGCGGGGCUUGGACUUCAUGAUUAUGAGCCUUUGUUCUUGGAGAGUGGAUUUGAUGAUAUCGAUUUCAUCAACGGGAUCCUAGACGAUAACAAUCUACGACAAAUGGGGAUAGAGGAGUACGAUAGAGAAAAAAUUCUAGAAUCAGCCAAACAGUUACCUUUAAAAAUAACAGAAAUAAGUAAUAACCAUAACAAUAAUAACAUUAGUAAAAGCCAAAACGAAUCUGUAGAGGAAUGGUUAAGAAAUAUUAACUUAGAGCAAUAUAGUGAUACAUUUAGGAAACACUUGUAUGUAGAUAUGGAUAGAGUUAAAAGUAUUUGGGAAGUGGAAUUGACAGCAGUGUUGGAGAUACAGAAGCCUGGACAUAGAAAAAGGAUUUUGGCUUCGGUUUCUGGUGAAAAUAACGGACCUGCCAACAAUAUGCAGAAUAUAAAUGCUGAUCUCAGUAAUUUGAAAAGCAAUAUCCAACAAUUAAAAGACGAAAUCAAAGAAAAGUUACCGCUGUCGGAAAAUCUCAAACCAGUUCCGCCACCAGUGGUUCCUACCCUCGCACCUCCUGGCGGUGAAACACUGAAACGGAGUAAGAAAAACAGACCUGCUCCUCAACCACCGAGACCUUCGGAUCUAGAGAUCAGGGCACCUUCGGAGCUACUGGUCGGAGUACCAGGGGCAUUAAAGACCCAGUGGAAGCACCAACCCUUUGUUUUGGUUACGGGUGCAGUUACCUAUGUAGCGAAUUAUUUAGGAUCAACUGUAGUAAAAGAGCUACGAGGGACAGAGUCAACUAAGAAAUCAAUUCAGAAGUUGAAGAAAUCUACCAAAGAACCACGGGAUUCCCCCGACAUCAUACUCUCCAUUAGUUAUAGAGGUGUCAAGUUCCUAAAUACCAUUACAAAGGAGCUGAUCUGCGAGCAUGAAAUCCGGAAUAUUCACUGCGCGUGUCAAGAUGCUGACGAUCUAACACACUUCGCCUACAUUACGAAGGAUCACGCUACCAAGAGCCACUACUGCCAUGUCUUCAGAGUUGCUACUAUGGACCAAGCAACAGAAGUCAUCCUAACACUAGGUGAAGCAUUCGAGGUGGCCUACCAAAUGGCUCUUCGUGAACAAUCCAAUCGUGCCCGAGUAACCCAGUCUCUGGCCAAAACUCCCACACACGAUCCAACGACGACGACGAAUAGAGAAAAACCAAAUAUCAAUCACGGAAGAUCACAUUCCAUAACUGAAAUCAAGUUGAAUGGGCAUCAACUCAAAAUUGCUCCAAUACCUGGGUCGUUGUCUAAUGAAGACUUUCAAGCACCAACAAAAGAUUCAGGAUCUAGAAGUCCAAGGACACCCCUGUUGAAGGCGCCUAUAGCUUCUACGGAAGAAUUGUGAGAAAAGAUUCUUUAGUGUAACGUUGCUCAGACGUUAUGAAAUAUAAAGAAUUUUAAUUGUUCAUAAAUGACUUUGUUAGAAGUAAUUGGAAAUUUAUAAUGAUACCAAAUAUUGAUGAUUUAAGUUUGAAUAGAAAUGAAAUUGAAAUGUCUGUUGUCAAAUUGUCUUCCGCAAAGGAAAAUGAAGGAACUUCCAAGGAUGUUACAAUUUUCGAUCUCGAAAUCUCGUAAGUUGAAAUGAAAAUGAUCGAAGUUAUUAAAACAUAAACUAUUAUUGAUAAAAUUAUGAUAGAUAUUGGUGUUUAAUGUUGUAUGUUAAUGGACCAGUGAAAAUUACCAAUUUUAUGAAUUACUGGUCGUAAAUUUUGUGGUCAUUUACUUGUAUUAAAGUUAAGUUGAUUGAUACGGUGUUGUCAAAACACAACAAACGUUAAAAAAGCAUAAGUAUAGAACGUAUUUUGUUCUGCUUCUUUCUGAAGUAAAACUGAUAAUUAAAGAAAAUUCGAGAAUAAUGUACAUUUUUAUUUGAUAGAUGUUUGAAAGAUUGAUUCUUUAAUUGUAGGAAAUAUAAGAGAAGAUGCUUAAUGUGGGAGAAUGUUAAAAAGUAAUUAAUUGUGUGACAAGUAAAUGACUCCAGAACAUCUUAUGUUACAUAGCAUAUUAAUUGUAUUGUAUUCCAAUUUCGAUACCGCUUUUAUGA